AGUGCAUGGUUCACUCUUACCUGACCUCACCACCCAGUAGUACUUAUCAGAGAUCAUGGGAGCCACAGAGGGAGAAGAGGACUUCCAGUUUCUCCGGACGUCAGAUGAGCUGGUGUUGCGAUGCUGCUCAUCUGUGCCGCUCCAGCAGAAGCUGUGUUUGGCAGUGGAGGGCUUCGGCUGCCGUCUCUGCUUCCUUGAGUCCACAUCCAACUCGAAGAAUGUUCCGGCUGACCUGUCUCGCUGUGUGUUUGUGCUGGACCGGUGUGUGUCCGUCCGUGCACUGCAGCAAAUGAUUGCCAACCAUGAGGACCUACAAAUCAAGUCUUCAGAAGCUGCUGGUCGUCGCACUCUCCUUUAUGGUCAGGCACUUCUACUAAGACACGCGCUCAGCGAUAUGUAUCUGAGCUGUCUAUCCUCCUCUGGACUCUCCGCUGAUAAACUGGCAUUUGACGUUGGACUUCAGGAAGAUGUAGAAGGUGAGGCCUGUUGGUGGACGGUCCACCCUGCUUCCAAGCAGAGGUCAGAAGGUGAGAAAGUACGGGUGGGUGAUGACCUCAUUUUGGUCAGCGUCUCUUCUGAAAGAUACCUGCAUGUCUCGUGGAGUGCGGGAGUGUGUGAUGAUGCUGGGGUCAGCAGUGUGGAUGCAGCAUUUCAGCAGACUCUGUGGAGUGUGGCUCCGGUCUCCUCCGGCACUGCUGAAGCUCAGGGCCACCUGAGAGGAGGGGACACCCUGCGACUGCUGCACGGCCACACAGAUGAGUGUCUGACCAUUCCACCUGCUGGACGUGGAGAGGAGCAGCGCAGAUCUGUUCAUUUUGAAGGCGGCUCUGCAUCAUCACAAGCUCGUUCUCUCUGGAGGGUUGAGAUGUUGUGCGUCUCCUGGAGUGGAAGUCACACUCGUUGGGGGCAGUCGUUCCGUUUGCGUCACGUCACCACAGGGAGAUAUUUAGGUCUGUUAAGGGAUGGAGGAUUACAGCUAGUGGAGAGAGAGCAGGCAGACAUCAAAUCCACUGCUUUCUGUCUCCGUCCAGCUAAGGAUGCUGGCCAGGAGUAUGUGGACGUCGUCAGAAAGAGAGAGGGAAUGGGGGCACCUGAGGUCAAAUACGGAGACUCUGUUUGCUUUGUUCAGCAUGUUGACACCUGCCUGUGGCUCACCUACCAGACCAGUGAUUUAAAGAGAAGGAAAGAAGAGAAGGGGCUGCAUAAACAGGCCAUUCUGCAUUCAGAGGGGCACAUGGACGAUGGGCUCACGCUCUCGCGCUCCCAGAGGGAGGAGUCUCAAGCUGCUGGUCUCAUACGCAGCUCCGCCUUCCUUUUUUCAAGCUUUAUAAGGGGAUUGGACGAGAGGGCUAACAUUUCAUCCUCAGAGCUCCAAAUUGACAGAUUGAGUCUGAGCUUGCAGGACUUGAUUAGAUACUUCCGUUCCCCUGGAGAAGGUCAGGGUCAUGAGGCGAAGCAGAGCAGCAUCAGAGCACUGAAGAACAGACAGCACCUGUUUCAGGAAGAGGGUAUCAUUACUCUGGUUCUGGACUGCAUUGAUCACCUGCAUCUGUACAGCAGCGCAGCACAUUUUGCCAGGGUUGCUGGGAAAGAGGCAGGAGAUGCAUGGGAGGCAAUUCUGAGCUCACUCUAUGAGCUUCUGGCCGCCCUGAUCCGAGGCAAUCGAAACAACUGCUCCCAGUUCUCCACCUCUCUAGACUGGCUGGUCAGCAGAUUAGAGAAGCUGGAGGCUUCCACUGGAAUCCUAGAAGUGCUGCACUGUGUGUUAAAGGAGAGUCCAGAGGCCUUGAAUUUCAUCAAAGAGGGUCACAUCAGAUCUAUCAUCUCACUGUUAGAUAAACACGGACGCAACCCGAAGAUCCUGGACGUUCUGUGUUCGCUGUGUGUAUGUCAUGGAAUGGCGGUUCGCUGUAACCAGAACCUGAUCUGUGACGCACUUCUGCCCGAGAGAGACUUGCUGCUGCAGUCACGACUCGUCAACCAGGUCACCAGCAUCCGUCCAAACAUCUACCUCUGCAUGGGCGAUGACUCCGCUCAGCACAGGAAAUGGUACUAUGAGGUGGUGGUGGAAAAGGCGCAGCCUUUUGUAACAGCUGAACCUACUCACCUGAGAGUGGGCUGGGCCUGCACUGCAGGGUACCGCCCUUCUCCGACAGGAGGUCAUGGCUGGGGGUCAAAUGGAGUAGGGGAUGACCUCUGCUCCUAUGGAUUUGAUGGACUGCAUCUGUGGACAGGAGGCACUGGGCGAAGAGUGAGCUCACUCAAUCAGCACCUUCUGAGAGAGGACGAUGUCAUCAGCUGUUGCCUUGACCUUUCCGCUUCCUGCAUCUCCUUCCGGGUCAACGGGCAGCCGGUGCAGGGCAUGCUGGAGAACUUCACAGCUGAUGGGCUGCUGUUUCCAGUGGUGAGCUUUUCAGCUGGAGUCAGGGUGCGUCUGCUCUUCGGAGGAAAGCAGGGAGAGUUUAAGUUUCUGCCCCCUAGUGGAUUCUCACCAUGCGCUGAAGCCUUGCUCCCCGGGGGGCGCUGUAGAUUGGAGCUGUGUGAAGAGUUCACUCGAUUUCAAGGCAGUGGCCAGUGUGACCUCUUAGGCCCUACAGUGCCACUCGGCCCAGUGAUCUUUACCCCAACACCAGUGGACACCAGUCAGUUGGUGUUACCUCCCCAGCUGGAGCUGAUCAGAGAGCGUCUUGCUGAAAACCUUCAUGAGCUCUGGCUCCUGGACAAGAUCGAGCAGGGAUGGACCCAUGGACCAGUCAGAGAUGACAGUAAAAAGGUUCACCCUGGACUUGCUGAGUUUUCCAAACUUCCAGAACAAGAGAGGCAGAGCAACCUGCAGGCCGCUGAAAACACCAUCAGGACCCUCUUGGCCCUUGGUGCCCAUAUCGGGCUGUCUGAGGACCACGCUGAGGAGAAUGUGAAAUACGUCAGGCUCUCAAACAAGUAUGAGUUGUGCAACGGCUACAGACCUGCUCCAGUAGAUCAGUCUGGAAUAUCCCUGUCCGCUGGCCAGGAGGCUUUGGUGGAGGCGCUGACUGAGAACGAGCACAACCUGUGGGCCAGAGAGCGCAUCAGACAGGGUUGGAGCUACGCAACACAACUGGAUGUUAAGGGUAAAAGGAGUCCCCAGCUGGUGCCGUUUUCUCUGCUAGAGGAGAGAAUUAAGUGCUGCAGUAGAGAGGCAGCGAGGGAUGCCUUGGGGACUCUGCUUGGACUUGGAUACGCUGUAGAGUCAACAGAACACCAGCAAGCUCUUACAGGCCCUGAAGUGAAAACUGCAGGUGAGGAGACGUUUCGGAUCUUCCGUGUGGAACACUCCUUUGCUGUCUGGGAUGGGAAGUGGUAUUUUGAGUUUGAGGUGGUCACUGAUGGAGAGAUGAGUGUGGGCUGGGCACAGCCUGGCAGUAAACCGGAUGUGGAGCUGGGCUCAGAUGACCAGGCCUUUGUGUUUGAUGGCUGUAAGGGUCAGUGGUGGCAUGGCAGUGCCGUGAGACUAGGUCGUCCCUGGCAGGAGGGGGAUGUGAUUGGCUGUUUGUUGGAUUUAUCUCAGAAGACCAUGAUGGUCACUCUAAAUGGAGAGCUUCAGCUGAACAGCAGUGGCUCUGAGAUCGCUGCAAAAGACUUCAGUGUAUCUGGUGGUUUCCUCCCUGUGUGUAGUUUGGGUGUGAACCAAGUGGGACGUCUGAAUUUAGGCCGGCAGUUUGACUCGCUGAAAUACUUCAGUGUUUGUGGGCUCCAGGAAGGGUACCAGCCUUUCGGCCUCAACAUGAGUAGAGACCUUCCUCUGUGGAUGAGCUGGAAGGAACCCAUGUUUGUUUCUAUACUGGAGGACCACACUUCCAUACAGGUGACCCGCACUGAUGGAACAGCAGACUGCCCCCCAGCUCUGAGGGUCUCCCAGAAGUCAGUGGUGGCGCCAGACAGCACUGCAGUAGAGUUCUAUCGUCUGAGCAUGCCCAUAGAGUGUGCGCAGGUGUUCUCGAAACCUGCAGAGGGCGCUGUUCCUGCCAGCAGCAGCGUGAUCUGCCACGCCCGAGAGCUGGACGAAGGGGAGGUGGACUCUGACUUUGAGGUGCUGAUGAAGUCGGUGCACAGGUACACAGGAAGCAGGGAUGAGCUGAACAACCACAAGGACCACACCCAGGAGAAACCCUCCAAACUCAAACAACGGUUUCUUUUGAAGAAGAAGCCAGAGUUGAACACUAGUGGCUCCUCAGCACGGUUACUGGAGGAGGUGCUGGCAAUCGAGAGGGAUGACUGUAACCAACUUACAGGCUGCACUAAGUACUACUAUUCUUUAAAGAUCCUAAAUGGCCAAGAGCCGUCCUGUGUUUGGGUUGGCUGGAUUACCUCAACCUUCCACCCUCCUGAGCAACCCUUUGACCUGGAAAAAGUUCACACUGUGAUGGUUACACUGGGAGAUGACUGGGGCAAGGUCCUUGAGAGUGUCAGGCGCAGUUGCUGUUACAUGGUUUGCGCAGCAGCAGAGGGCAGCAGUCUCUCUCACAGUCGCAGUAGCAGUGGACUGGAGAUUGGCUGUCUGGUCGACACAGCGACUGGACUUCUUACCUUCACCGCUAAUGGAAAAGAUAUGGAAACCUUUUUCCAGGUGGAGCCAGGCACCAAGCUGUUCCCAGCUGUUUUUGCCAAAGCAACCAGUUUAGAUGUCUUCCAGUUUCAGCUUGGACGGAUCAAGGGUGUACUUCCACUGUCUGCUGGGAUGUUCCGGAGCGAGAGGAAUAAUGCAGUGCCUCAGUGUCCACCCAGGCUGUCCGUGCAGCGCCUGACCCGUGCAAGAUGGGCCCGAUUACCUGACCACAGUCCACAUGUGCAGCUGACUCGACUAGGGGAGGGCCACGGUUGGAGAGCACAGUGCACCGACAGUCUGCAGGUCAUGACCCUGUAUAUCCCGGAGGAGGAGAGGUGUCUUGACAUUCUAGAACUCUCCGAACUCGAGCACCUCCUCAAGUUCCACGAACACACACUCAACCUCUACUCUGCCCUCUGUGCCCAUGGAAACCUACAUGUAAGCCAUGCCCUGUGCAGCUACAUCGACCAAUCACAGCUCCUCUUUGCCCUGCAGUGUCCUAGAAUGCCUGGCACCCUGCGAGAGAGUUUCUACAACCUUUUAACCAGUGCCCACCUCAGUGCCCAUGCCAGUGCUCAACAGGCCACCACUCACGAGUACAUCGUGCCCAUGACCGACGCCACACGGAGCAUUGCCCUCUUUAAAAGUGACGGCAAACGCCACAGCCUCCCAGGAAGUGACAUCAGCACCUCGCUACGACCCAGAAUGCACUUCUCCUCACCUUGUUUUAUCAGCUCUAGCAACCCUAUCCAGGCUGGCAGUCCUCCAGGGUUUCCACUGGACAUCCUGAAGGGUGUUACCACAGCCAUGCUGGAGGAGGCGGUGCACGCAGUGGGGCAGAGUGUGAGAGAUCCUAUAGGGGGCAGCAUAGAGCUGCUGCUCGUUCCUCUCCUCCAGCUGCUCCACACACUGCUCCUCAUGGGUGUGUUUCAGGGCUCCGAUCUGAGACGUGUGCUUUCACUCAUUUUACCCUCUGCCUAUAUGGGAGAAAACGACAUGGAAAGAUGGGCGGAUGGAGAUGAAGAAGGUAGAGAUGGUGAGAAAAAAGACGAGGACAAGGAGAGAUGGGUCAGUGUUCCUCUUCUGGAGCUACAGAUGAAGCUUCCAGAGGCAGUGAAACUAAAGCUGUGUCACCUGCUGCAGUACCUGUGCGACUGUCAGGUUCGGCACAGGGUUGAGGCUGUGUUGGCGUUCUCCGAUGACCUUGUGGAUCAUCUCCAGGAUAACCAGCGCUACCGUUACAACGAGGUCAUGGAGGCACUCAACAUGUCGGCGGCUCUCACCGCUCGCAAGACCAAGGAGUUCCGCUCUCCACCUCAAGAACAGAUGAACAUGUUGCUGAAUUUCCAGGAGAGUCAGCAGGAGUGUCCAUGUCCUGAGGAGAUCAAAGACCUCCUCUGGGACUUUCACAUAGACCUGAGGAGACACUGUGAAGUUGAGGUUGAGGAUGAAGACCAGGCCACUAAAGAUGAGGUGGAUCCACCUAAUAGGUAUAGGUUGAAAGGCCUGGUGGAUAGAAUCGUUCGCCUAAAGCGGAGGAUGUCUGGAAUUGUGGAAGAGGAUAUUGUGACUAAGUCAGUCUCUCUUCAGCAGCUGAUCUCAGACACCAUGCUGCGCUGGGCUCACGAAGGGCUGCUGGAGAAUCCCACUCUGGUACGGGCUGCUUUCAGUCUGCUGCAGUGGCAGUACGCCGGACUAUCCGGACAGAUGGCCGCCCCACUCCGCAAAGCCUACUGCAUCAGCCAGAGCUCUGUAGAGGACACCCUGUACCUGCAGGAGGCGCUAGGGAGAAUCCGCUCUCUGCUCAGGGCCAGAAUGGGCAGAGAAGAAGAGGAACUCAUGAUUCGAGGACUUGGUGACAUCAUGAAAAACAAGGUGUUCUACCAGCAUCCGAACCUGAUGAGGGCUCUGGGAAUGCAUGAGACUGUCAUGGAGGUGAUGGUCAAUGUCCUUGGUGCAAGAGAGUCCAAGGAAAUCAUGUUUCCAAAGAUGGUGGCCCACUGUUGCAGAUUCCUGUGCUAUUUCUGCCGGAUCAGCCGACAUAACCAGAAGGCCAUGUUCGAUCACCUCAGCUACCUCCUGGACCACAGCAGCGUGGGACUUGCAUCCCCCUCCAUGCGAGGCUCCACCCCCCUGGACGUAGCUGCAGCUUCAGUCAUGGACAACUAUGAACUGGCACUGUCCCUCACAGAAGCAGACCUGGAGAAGGUGGUGCAGUAUUUGGCAGGCUGUGGUUUGCGUAGUUGUUCUCUACUGGUCUCCAAAGGCUACCCAGACAUCGGUUGGAAUCCUGUGGAAGGAGAGAGAUACUUGGACUUCCUGCGAUUUGCUGUCUUCUGUAAUGGUGAAAGCGUAGAGGAGAAUGCUUAUGUGGUGGUGAGGCUCCUGAUUCGUCGACCUGAGUGCUUUGGACCCGCCCUGCGAGGGGAGGGGGGAGAUGGACUCUUGGCAACAAUGGAGGAGGCCAUCAGGAUUUCUGAGGACCAGAAUAGAGACGGGUCUUCCAGGGUGUAUUACUCUAGUAGUACCCUGGAUACUCUGGAUGACGAGGACGAUGACAUCAUCCACAUGGGGCACGCCAUAAUGACCUUCUACUCAGCCCUCAUUGACCUGCUGGGCCGCUGUGCCCCUGAAAUGCAUCUUAUAGAAGCCGGUAAGGGUGAGGCUGUUCGUAUCAGAGCGAUCUUGAGGUCUUUGAUUCCUGUGAAGGACCUGGAGGGAGUGAUCAGCAUCCCGUUCUCCCUCCCCUUUGUGGACACAGAUGGUUCUGUGAUGGAGCCAGACAUGUCCAGGCUUUUCUGUCCAGACCAUAAAGCAGCCAUGGUGCUGUUUCUGGACCGGGUCUAUGGAGUCCAGGACCAGAACUUUCUGCUUUGUUUACUUAAGAACGGCUUCCUUCCUGACCUGAAAGCUGCUGUUACAAUGGAUACUUCUGGUUUGGGUGGUACAGACAUGGCUCUGGCUCUGAACCGCUACGUGUGCGUGGCUGUGCUGCCGUUUCUGAGUAAGAACUCGUCCUUGCUGUGCGACCCCACUCCUGUACAGACGACUGCAGUGGAUGCUCUCCUGCAGGAGCUCUACAGCCUCUCUAAAGCCAGCGGCCUCACUAAAGCCCAGAGGGACUCUAUCCAGGACUGCUUGCUCUGUGUUUGUGGAAAACUGAAGCCCUCCCUGGUACAGCCUCUGCUGCAGAACCUUGUGCUGGACGUUCCUCAGCUGACAGAGAACACCAAGAUGCCUCUUAAGUUGUUGACCAACCAUUAUGAGCACAGCUGGAAGUACUACUGCAUGACCGGGGCACAGGGCGGCUCUGGGUCUGCCUCGGAGGAGGAGCUUCAGCUCAGCAGGAAGCUUUUUUGGGCUGUUUUUCGAGCUCUAUCCAAAAAGUCUUUUGCAGCAGAUUUGUUUGAGCUGACAUUAGGCUGCCUCAGUGCUGUUUCUGGAGCCAUUCCCCCAGACCACACUGACCCCAGCUAUGCUGGAGGGCUGGAGGGGAACUCCUCACUGGACUCAGAGGGACGGUUCUGCCCUCAGCCUCUGGACACCUCCAACGUGAUCGUGCCAGAGACGCUGGACUAUGUGGUGAAUAAGUAUGCAGAACACACUCAUGAGAAGUGGUCACUGGAGAAGUUUGCCAGUGGUUGGGCUCAUGGGGAGCAGAAGUGUGAGAGCUCUAAAGUUCAUCCUCUCCUGAAGCCCUACAGAGCCUUAUCUGAGAGGGACAAAGAAAGCUACAGAGGAGCCAUUAAGGAGACUGUGAAGAGCAUGCUGGUAUUGGGAUGGACCAUCGAGAGGACGAAGGAAGGAGAGGCAAGGGGUCUGCAUAACCUAGCCAGGAGGAUCUCACAGUCUGGGCAGCUCUCCUUUGAAGGAACCUCCACAUUCAGCCCUAAACCUGCAGACACCAGCUGCAUCACACUGACCUGGGAUCAGUAUGCUAUGGCUGAGCAGCUAGCGGAGAACUACCACAACAUCUGGGCCAAGAGGAAACUACAGGAGCUGCAGGCUAAAGGAGGGGGCAGUCACUCACUUCUAGUGCCGUACGAGGUCCUGAGUGCCAGAGAAAAGAGCCGAGUGCGAGAGCGAGCUCAGGAUGUGCUUAAGUUCUUCCAUAUGAUUGGGUACACAGUGUGGAGGGAACAAACGCCUGCAGACACAGACUCUCCUGCCACUGCCAGUCGCUUUGCCUACUGUCUGCUCCAGCAGGCCCUGUCCAUCACUGACCAGGCACAGGAACAGAUGCUGGAGCUGGAGGUUGUGCAGGCUAGAGGGCAAAUGGGAAGGACAGAAAAGAUUCCUCAUGAACAACAGAUCUUCUUUUUCACCAAGGUGUUGUUGCCUCUAAUCGAUCAGUAUUUUAAGAACCACCACAUCUACUUCCUGUCCAGAACUCUGUGUUCCCUCAGUAGCAGUGCUCAUGCCUCUAUUAAAGAGACAGAGAUGGUCACAAGUUUGUUCUGUAAACUUGGAGCCCUGACCAGGCGUAGGAUUUCUCUUUUUGGUAAGGAUGCUCAGUCAGUGGUGAGCUGCCUGCAGAUUCUUGCACGCUCUCUUCAGCACAGGGCAGUGAUAAGGACGCCGGGGGAGAGUGUGCAGUCAGCCCUGUGCGUGUUUUUUAAGGAUGCAGAGGUGGAUUUGGAGCUGGCUGUGGAGAGUGUAAAUGCGGGGCCGUACGGUCAGAGCAGGUCCCAGGCCAGAGGAGAUGCUGAACUGCUGACCUACAUAACCACUGCACUCAUUCCAGUACUGACCGCCCUGUUUCAGCAUACUGAACACUGCCACAGCUCAGAGCAACUGAUGGUGGGUGAAGUGCGGGGCUGCUGUUACCGCAUCCUUUGCAGUCUCUACACUCUUGGCACAUGUAAUCACUCUUUUAUGGAAAGGCAGAGGCCGGUUCUGGGGGAAUGCCUUGCUGCUUUAUCAGCUGCUUUUCCAGUGUGUUUCCUGGAGCUGUCGCUUACCACGAGCAGUGAUGAAGAGAGAGAAGCAGCUGAUAUGCUGUGCACAAGCCUCCCCUCCCUGCAGGACGCGUUCUCUGAGGUCGAGGAUCUGGCCGAGGCCGGGUCUGCUGCUCGUCACGCCGCUCUGUCCAGGGUUAUGGAGGUCACUCUGCCGCUGCUGUGCAGCUAUGUGUGCCGGUGGGGAGAAGCGGCUGACCCGGGUUCUUCUGAGCUGGAUGGGUCGUGCUCUUCUGUUACCACUCGAGACACCAACGUCCUCCUAGGACAAGCCCUGUCCAUCAUCCAGAGCCAGCUGGGCACACCUGACUGCAGCUGGAUAAAGCGAAUCGCAGUGUUCGUUCAGCCUCUUGUUUGUAAGUCGGAGCCCCGCCUCCUGAAGAGCCACUUCUUGCCUCUGAUGGAAAAGCUAAAGAAGAGGGCGGAGUCUGUGCUGCAGGAAGAGGAGCGCAUGAAGACCGAGGGGUGUAGUGAUCUUGCAGAGGCAGAGCUCGCAAUCCAGAGCAAAUUUACAGUGAUGGUGCAAGAUCUGUAUGCUUUUUACCCUCUACUCAUCCCAUUUGUAGACAAUCACAGAAUGAGCUGGCUGAGAGAGAUGAAUGAAGAGGCUGAGAGGCUUUUCUUCCUGGUGGCCGAGGUUUUCAUUUUCUGGGCCAAAUCUCACAACUUCAAGUGGGAGGAGCAGAACUUUGUGGUCCAGAAUGACAUCAACAACUUGAACUUUCUUGUUGGUGGUGGGAGGAGCCAAAAGGGUGGAGUGGCUGAAGAUGAGAGGAGGAGGAUGAAGAGGAGCAAAGAUGAGCGGUACUCCGCACACACCUCGCUGAUCGUGGCCGCUCUGAAGAAGCUCCUGCCUGUUGGUUUAAACCGAUGUUGCCAUGACGAUCGGGACCUGGUUGCUGUGGCAAAGGGACGGUUCUCUGAGAAAGACACAGAGGAGGAAGUGCGAGCGUGCGUCCGCUACAACCUGCAGGAGGAGAUUACUGAUGGAUUGGCAGAUUCGCUGCGUGUUGAGAGGGUUCUCACCAUUGCUCGUGUCCUUUUCUUCCUGGAGCAGGUGGAGCAUCCUCAGAGGAGUAAGAGGGCAGUGUGGCAAAAGCUGCUGUCCAAGCAGAGGAAGAGAGCAGUGGUGGCCUGUUUAAGGAUGACCCCUCUCUACAACCUGCCCAGGCACAGAGCAGUGGGCUUGUUUCUUCUGGGCUACAGGAAGAUCUGGGUGGAAGCCGAAGAGGAGGACUGUGAGAACAAGCUAAUUGAAGAUUUAGCUAAAACCACAGGAAUUGGAAUGUUGGAGGAGGGAAGGAGAGAAGGAAUGAAGGAGAAGGAAAAGAUUGACCCUCUUCAUCAGCUCAUCACCUUCUUCCGUCAAAGUGCACAGACAGAGAGACGCAAAUUGGACGAGGACACUCUGUACCUGGCCUAUGCUGACAUCAUGGCCAAGAGCUGCCAGAAUGAUGAUGGGGAUGAUAAUGAUGAAGAGGUGAAAUCUUUUGAGGAGAAGGAGCUUGAAAAGCAGAGGCUGUUGUUCCAACAAGCCAGACUACACGAUCGUGGAGCUGCAGAGAUGGUCCUCCAGAAACUCAGCGGCAGCAGAGGCACUAUGGGCCUGAUGGUGGCGUCCACUCUUAAACUUGGAAUAGCAAUCCUGAAUGGAGGGAACACUGCUGUACAGCAGAAAAUGCUGGACUACCUAAGAGAGAAGAGGGACGUGGGAUUCUUUCACAGCCUGGCCGGCCUCAUGCAGUCCUGCAGUGUGUUGGAUCUGAAUGCUUUCGAGAGGCAGAUCAAAGCAGAGGGUUUAGAAGUGGCAGCUAAAGACAGCGCAGGUGAUAAAGUGAUGGCAGAUGAACAGCUGACAUGCGACCUCUUCCGAUUUCUCCAGCUGCUUUGUGAAGGACAUAACGCAGGUUUUCAGAAUUAUUUGAGGACUCAGACUGGAAACAACACCACAGUCAAUAUCAUCAUCUCCACUGUGGACUACCUACUCAGAGUACAGGAGUCCAUAAGCGACUUCUACUGGCAUUACUCUGGAAAGGACGUGAUUGACGAUCAUGGCCAACGCAACUUCUCCAAAGCCAUAAGAGUGGCCAAGCAGGUCUUCAACACACUGACGGAGUAUAUUCAGGGUCCAUGCACUGGAAACCAGCAGAGUCUGGCUCAUAGUCGUCUGUGGGACGCUGUGGUGGGAUUCUUGCACGUCUUCGCUCACAUGCAGAUGAAACUGUCUCAGGACUCCAGUCAGAUUGACCUGCUAAAGGAGUUGAUGGAUCUUCUUAAAGACAUGGUGGUGAUGCUUCUGUCUUUGCUUGAAGGUAAUGUGGUCAACGGAAUGAUUGGCAAGCAGAUGGUAGACAUGCUAGUGGAGUCCUCAAGCAACGUCGAGAUGAUCCUCAAGUUCUUUGACAUGUUCCUGAAGCUCAAAGAACUUGUUUCUUCCGAUGCCUUCAAAGAAUAUGACCCGGAUAGGCAAGGGCUGAUCUCCAAGAAGGACUUCCAGAGGGCCAUGGAGGGCUACAAGCGCUACACACCGUCUGAGACUGAGUUUAUUCUCUCCUGCGUGGAGACGAACGAAAGCAAGCUCCUGGACUACAGGGCAUUUGUUUCACGCUUUCACGAGCCAGCCAAAGACAUCGGCUUCAACGUGGCCGUCCUCCUGACCAACCUGUCUGAGCACAUGCCCCAUGACGGCCAGCUGCGGAACUUUCUGGAGCUAGCGGACAGUGUGCUGAGCUACUUCCAGCCUCAUCUGGGCAGGAUUGAGAUAAUGGGCAGUGGGAAGCGCAUCGAGAGGGUCUACUUUGAGAUUAGCGAGUCGAGCCGCACGCAGUGGGAAAAACCACAGGUGAAGGAGAGCAAACGCCAGUUCAUCUUUGACAUUGUGAACGAGGGAGGAGAGAAAGAAAAGAUGGAGCUGUUCGUUAACUUCUGCGAGGACACCAUUUUUGAGAUGCAGCUGGCUGCGCAGAUCUCUGGCUCUGGCCACGGGGAGGAGGCCAGGGGGAAGGAAGAGGAUGGAGCAGAAGAAAGCCAGGGGAAAGAUGAAAACGUCUAUGCAGAAAACUCCAACCCAGAAGAGCCAAAAGACUUUCUAUCUUCUUCUUUAUCAAAGAUGACAGAGAUCCUCCUGACCCCUCUGUACGGCUUAAUGUUGGUCUUUUCUCUCCUCUCCAUAAGGAAUCUGAGGAAGAACAUGAAAAAGACGUCUGUGAAGGGCUUAUUUUUGGCCAUCUUUUUCUUCUUCCAGAGUAUACUAACAGGCAUAAUUCGCACUAUUUUUGCCACUAUUUGCUUCUUCUUCUACAUCCUUUACCUGGUUUUCUUGAGCGGGUGGAUCAUUAAUAUAGCUAAAGAGACUAAACUUUCUGAGCUCGUCUAUCAUUUACGGGACCCCACCCUGGAUGAGGUCACAGAGGAGAACGAGGGGGUCAGUGAGGUCAGAGAUCAGACACAUGCCCUUUCAUCUAGAGACAUCCUGCGGGCAGUGAGUGUUGAUCUGUCAGCGGUGUCCAGAAAUCCUCAGCUGCUGACGGACAUAUUUGGCCUUCAGCUGAGGAAGGAGGGAGGGCAGUACACACUGCUGACCAGGGAGUCAGACGGCAGCCUCGGUGACCUGGUUGAUCCCUCCAAAUUCCAGACGAUGGUGUCUGAGGAAGAUUCGGAGGAGCAGGAGAAGCAGUCAGAGACAGAAAAAGCUGAAGGAGAAGAGGAUGAGAAGAAAGACAAGAGGAAGGAGCAGAAGGCCAGAAGAAGAAGCAGAAUGGCCAACUUAGACAAGGCAGCUGAGCAGGAGGUUCAGGAAUCAGCUGCUUGGAAAACCAUCUGCUCUCAGAAGACCAAGCUGCUGAACUAUUUUGCCAGGCAUUUCUACAAUAUACGGGUGCUCGCACUGUGUGUGGCCUUCACCAUCAAUUUCAUCCUACUGUUCUACAAGGUAUCCUCCAGUAAGGCUGAAGAGGAAAGUGGGAGUGAUCUCAGGGAGGAGUGGAGUGGAGAUUCAGGGGCUGUGUGUUUUGUUCUGGGGGAAAGCGGAUACAUGGAGCCUGUUCUCCACUGUCUCGCUGUUUUACACACUCUGAUUGCUUUCUGCUCCAUCAUUGGCUACUACUGUCUGAAGGUUCCUUUAGUGAUCUUCAAACGGGAGAAGGAGCUGGCACGUAACCUGGAGUUCGACGGCCUCUAUGUGACCAAGCAGCCCUCUGAGGACGACAUCAAAGGCCAGUGGGACAGACUGGUCAUUAACACUCCAUCCUACCCCAGUAAUUACUGGGAUAAAUUUGUGAAGAGGAAGGUGAUGGAGAAGUACAGUGAGUUGUAUGGCUCAGAUCGGAUCAGUGAGCUGCUGGGUUUGGAUAAAACAGCGCUGGACUUCAGCUCUGAGGCUCAGGAACGAAGAAAACCAGUCAGAGAGAGUCUCAUCACCACCCUACUGAGUGCUGUUGAUAUGAAGUAUCAAAUAUGGAAGUUAGGAGUGGUCUUCACUGAUAAUUCCUUCCUGUAUCUAACCUGGUACAUGCUGCUGUCAGUCCUGGGGCACUACAAUAAUUUCUUCUUCGCUGCACAUCUACUGGACAUCGCCAUGGGCUUCAAAACGCUACGUACCAUCCUAUCAUCUGUCACUCACAACGGCAAACAGCUGGUGCUGACUGUGGGACUGCUGGCAGUGGUGGUGUAUCUCUACACUGUAGUUGCUUUUAACUUCUUCCGGAAGUUCUACAACAAGAGUGAAGAUGGGGAGCCUUUGGACAUGAAAUGUGACGAUAUGCUGACGUGUUACAUGUUUCACAUGUAUGUCGGGGUUCGAGCUGGAGGAGGGAUCGGUGAUGAAAUCGAGGAUCCAGCAGGAGAUGAGUCUGAGUUUUACCGCGUGGUUUUUGAUAUCACCUUCUUCUUCUUUGUGAUUGUCAUCCUUCUGGCCAUCAUUCAAGGUCUGAUCAUUGAUGCCUUCGGAGAGUUAAGGGAUCAACAGGAACAGGUGAAAGAGGACAUGGAGACUAAAUGCUUUAUCUGUGGCAUUGGGAGUGAAUACUUUGACGCAGUUCCUCACGGGUUUGAGUCUCAUACUCUGCAAGAACACAACUUGGCCAACUAUCUGUUCUUUGUGAUGUACCUCAUCAAUAAAGAUGUGACAGAGCACACGGGACAGGAGUCAUACGUAUGGAAGAUGUACCAGGAGCGCUGCUGGGAGUUCUUUCCGGUUGGAGACUGCUUCCGUAAACAGUAUGAAGAUCAGCUCAGUAAAGAGAUUCCAUAAAUAUUCAGACCUGAAGGAUUAUCCUGACAUUUACCCGCCCUGCAGAAGAAUUACACCCUCUUCCUGACGUCUUUUAUCUCAUACCAUCUAAAAUAGUUGAAGAGAGAAGCUGUUUCCAUAAUUCUUCAACUGAAAUCUGUUGCAUGCUGUAUUUUCCCCAUACUCACUACUUUUUAUCUCUAUUUAUUAUUAUGUUGAUUCAGUGGCAAAGUGUGAUAUGAAAGAAUAUGAACAAAUAAAAUAAAUGUUUAAUUCCCCCAAUCAGAA